AAGUUAAUUAGUAGUAAAAACUUACAAGUCAACUCUCGGCUAGGAAAAUUUACAAAAAUAAUAAGUUAAAAUGUGCGAAUAUGAGUUUUCUGAGACUGCAUAUACAAAAAUCAUAUUUCAUGCGGCGAAAUACCCACACCAAGCUGUGAACGGUCUGCUGCUGGCUGAGAAGAAGACAAAAGGUUCUAUAGUCCAAAUCACAGAUGCAAUUCCUCUUUUCCAUCAGUGCCUGGGCGUUACUCCUAUGGCAGAAAUAGCCCUAAUGCAGAUUGACGCUUACGCCGAGAGCGCGGGAUUGGUAAUUGCCGGCUACUAUGCUGCGCCGGAGAACUUUUACGACAACCAAAUCGAGAAGGCGCCAGCUGCCAAAAUCGCGGAUAAAAUACAGGAGAACUUCAAGAACGCCUGCUUUGCCAUUGUUGACAACAAGCUCGUUUCAUUGGAGCACAAACGAGCUGCUCUGCAGGUGUACAGCUAUUCCAGUGACUCGAACCGCUGGUCAAAGGCCAAAUACUCGCUGGUGAACACGUCGCAGACGCUGGAGGGAGUGUCGCUGCUGCUGAAACGGGGUGCUAUGCGGGAUGUGAUUGAUUUCGACAAUCAUCUGGACAAUCCCGAGAACGACUGGACCAAUCAGUUCUUGAAUCAAUCCCUAAAAGAUCUGCAGAAGCUGUACUAGCCCAGAAA